UUCAGAGGUCCAGGACUGUUGCUGGGGAUGGAGUUGGAGAAUGGCACUGUGAUGACUGAAUUCAUCCUCUUGGGAUUUAGUGACCAUCCAGAACUCCAGAGUGUGCUUUUUGCUGUGUUUUUCUCCAUCUACUCUGUUACCCUGAUGGGAAACCUCGGGAUGAUCUUAUUGAUCAGCAUCAGUUCCAGCUUGCACACCCCCAUGUACUUUUUCCUCUGUGUAUUGUCCUUCAUAGACGCUUGCUACUCUUCUGUCAUUGCCCCCAAAUUACUUGUGGACCUGGUUUCCAGCGAGAAGACCAUUUCCUACAGUGGCUGUGCAGCUCAGUUAUAUUUCUUCUGCUCUCUGGUGGACACAGAAUCCUUCCUCUUGGCCGCCAUGGCUUAUGACCGCUACAGAGCCAUCUGCACCCCCCUGCUUUAUACCGCUAUUAUGUCCAAGAGGAUUUGCUGUCAGCUUGUAUUUGGGGCCUUUUUGGGAGGUACCGUGAGCUCUAUCAUCCACACGACUAACACUUUCCAUUUGACUUUCUGUGCCAAAGAGAUUAACCAUUUCUUCUGUGACAUCUCCCCCCUCUUCUCUCUGUCCUGCACUGAUACUUAUGUGCAUGAUGUUGUGCUGGUGGUUUUUGCUAGUGUGGUGGAAGCUAUCUGCCUUCUGACUGUUCUCCUCUCUUAUAUCUGCAUUAUAGCAGCUAUUCUUAAAACAGGCUCUGCUGAGGGGAGAAGGAAAGGGUUCUCCACAUGUGCUUCCCACCUGACUGUGGUCACCAUUUAUCAUGGCACCCUCAUCUUUAUUUAUUUGCGCCCUAACACCUAUCAUGGAGUGAUGAAUGCUGGUCCCAAUGUGUUGGCAGCUGUACUGUGGAACAUUAACCCGCCAAUAAAAUGGAAAAAUUGA